UAGCUAUAGCAACACAGUUCACAGUUAUCUGAACCGUUUGCCUUUAUGCAAACUCUAAGCCUACUUGAACAUCCAUCGGUAUGAAAUAGUACCAUUUCACAAUGAGUACAGGGAAUCCGGAAUUGACGAAAGAAACGCACAAUAACAGUGCACUAGAACAGGAGGAUUGUAGCGAAGAUUUUCAUGAUUCUGUUACGAAUGAUUCGCCCAAGGAUCCUCCCGAAGGUCUUGCCAAAGCGCCAUUACAAACCGUGGAAGAUUCAGUGGAACAAGAACCUGAUCAAGACGAGCAGUUUUAUGACGUAACUACUGGUUUAGAAAAUUGCAAAAUUGAUGAUGUUCCAGCUCAAGAUGAUGCUGAAAGCUCUGAAAAUCCACCUGAUGAUUCGUCUCUAACGGAUGAUGACAUUGAAGUAAUAUGUGAGUAUAUGUCUCCUGAUGUAGCCACAGAUUUCAAAGCUGAAAUUGAAGCUGCUGCAAAUGCAAGUAAACCUAAAUUAGAAGAUGAUUAUAAAAUUGACGACAUUGAGAGUGCCCCUAAACAACAAACACCCGAGGCUGCACCUGAGACAGACCAAACUCAAAAUGGCGAUGUUAAUGGACAAAUACCACCACCCAUCAUGUUUUGGCCUCCAGAAUGUUGUAUUUCACCUUCGGAUAUGCCGCGAAAUUGCCCGAUACCGGACCCAAACUACUUUAAUCCCUCCUUGAUGUUUCAACAACCUCCUCCAGAUCAAGUCUUUCCGCCACAUAUGUUAGAAUCGCAAGUCCUCCAAGAACAGGAACUGGCCAAAGCUAAAACCUGUGAACAGAUCGAAAACGGCUACUAUGCCUAUUCUACUGGUGAACCUCAAUCCCCUGCGUGCUCAAACUACACGCCACCCUUACCCUACAGUCCUUACCCGAAUACAUUCAACGGACAAGUCCCUAUGGGUGCGUUUGAUGAUAUGAGUGGCUGUGAGUAUUCGGGAGAACCAUCUCCCUUCGUCUACCCAUCAAUCUAUGUGUCUACAUCCGGUCUCAUGACAGUCCUUCUAAAGAACGACACUUCCGUUGAGAUGACAGCCGACAGAACAGUACGUAUCGUCAGUCACAAAAGUAAGAUGGCCGUGGCAUCUAGUGCACGUGGGAAUAUGAGCGUUUUGUUCCAUCCAUCAGUCAAGAUAUUUCAAGAUGGAGGCACGACUAGCGUUCAGAUCAAUGACGUCAAUGCUAAAAUGGCGACGGAUGACAUAUGGUUUGCGAAUGAUCGCAGUUCCUUCAAAUUCGACACCAACAUGAUCGAACCUGACACUACCACGUUCAGAAAUAUGUCGAAGGACGAGUCCGUGAAUCUUCUCUUCUCGGCCGAUACAUUUGGCGAGAAAUAUGUCCCCCAGUGUCUUGACGCGGCGUCUCAGGCGGAGUACGAAAAUCUCCCUAAGGGCGGAGUCCAAAUCCGUAUCAACAACGUCAAGAUCACCCAAAGUGGACGAGGCGAUGUGAUCGUAGUCACCGGCCCGAAGUAUCUGAAGAUGUCGCCAAAUGUUGGCAUCAUCCGAGUGAACACUCACUACAUUGAGGUCGCAGUAGAGAAGGACAUGAGUACUCGAAUAAGAAGAGGUGGACAUACUCUUACUGCAAGCGGUGGGCAGGUCAUCCUGUCUAAUGGCAGGAUCGAAGCUGGCUUUGAUGAGCAUAGCCGCUUGAAGGUGCUGUCCCUCCCUGGGCGUUCCCCCCUCGAACUUGGUGAACGUCGACCUCGGAAACACACUGGAUCUCCAAGACGAGCAACUGCCUUGGAUGGAAUGUUCUGAGAGACAUGUAUUUGUGACUGAAAGUUACUAAUUUUAUGUAUUGUUACUUUUUUUGUUAUUUGUUUCCACAGUUGACUGAAGGAGAUUUAAGCUGCGUUAUUUGUAUGGAAAUAUAUGUUGCCUGGGAAUGCAGAAAUGCAAAUGAUUGAUUUUAGAGCUAUAAAUUUUCUAUAAAUUAUUCUGUAAGGGUACAGCGAGAGCUUCGGCUGCCAUUAGAAAUAAGAAAAGAACCAAUGCCCCGUUACACAACGAGAUCAUAGCCCUGUUGGCGAUCGUAACUCCCUUUAUUUAAUAUAGACAUUCGACUGUAGCAGCACUCUGAUUCUAUUGUGGAACCGGGCCAUAUGCACAAGGAGACCUCGUUGGCAUACAGCACUUGUAUGUCUAUCUACGUUAGGUGUUCUACUACGGCAGUUUUAUACGUCUUUGUAUCAGAGUACCGUUUAUCCUUGAACAGACGCUCGACGUAUAUUUUUUCGGAUAGGUCAACAGUACACAUGCUUACAUAUAAUGUUAAGCAUAAGACAGAAAGUCGUUGAGCGCACCAUUUAUCUAAGUAUUUACGGUAACGACAGUUCACAGCGCUUAGAUUGAUGCGUUCACGUAGACAUUGUGUUGAAGGGAGUAGAGUAUUCAACAUGCAGAGGACUGUUAAAUAUGAUGUAUACCAUCGUCAUCAACAUUGUGUGCACAGCUGCAGGUAUCAGGGAUAUGCAGACUGUGCGAGUUACCGUCUGUACGGAGACCUGUUUGCUGACAUGUGGGGUGUAUGGCUUAUAAAGAUAUUUUUUUGAAAAUGA